AGAAUGCUAUGGAAUGAAGUAAAGCGUUAUUCCUUUCUUUCUGUAUUAGUAUCACGAUUAUUCUGAUUUUGUGUAUACGAAUAUAAUAAAUUAGGUAAUAUAAUUUAAAAGUAAACAAAUAAUUGAUAAAUGUGUAACCUCGAGUGACUUAAUUGUGUUCUUUUGCACAACGAGAUUUGUUUGCCAGAUACUUGUUUAUAUCGCUCGUUAUAUUUUCAAUUUUAUGUGACACACUAUUGAAGUAACUAUGUUUGUUUUAUUGUUUUGAAUAUAAUGUGAUUUGGGACACCAUGAACAGUAAAAGGGGGCUUGUCUAAUAAUGGAUAUUGUAGUUUAAAUAAUAGAAAUAUUGAUCUUGCGUAUAUGGACAUUCGUUAAAUGUUCUGAAGUAUAUGUACUUUCUUUUUGUUAUUGUAUUAAUCCAAAUAGAUGGAAUCAUGCUUGCCAAAAACAAAAAUUAAUUUAUCAAAAGUAACUAGCAGCACAGUAAAUAUUGCUAUGAAAAGAACAAUCAAAAAAUUAUAUGAAAUAAUAUGUCUCUUGCACGUUCUAAUGCUGUUCCUCAAAAACUGAUGAAGGCCAAAAUACAACUGAUAAAACACAUAUAUAAAAACUUUGGCAAAAUAUAGUAAACUUCAAGAACAAGUGAACACAUUAAAGGCAAAUAAAAAUAUACAUAAACUAAAAGCAGAAGGAUAUGAAAAUCUGAAUAAAACAUUAGUAAAUCAAUGCGGAGAAUUAAAAGCAGAAAUGAAUAAAUUGCAAGAAGAAAAAGAGAACUUGACAAAAUGUUUGAAAGAAUCAGAGGAGUCAUGUAAAAGCAUUUCAAAUAUUUUAGUAGAAUUUAAGGAAAAAUGCUCGUCUCAAGAGUCAUUACUGUCACACCAUGAAUUUAUAAUAAAGGAUCUAAAAGCUAGUUUAGAAGUUGAAAGAGAGAUGAAUAAAGAAUUAAAUGCAACUAAAAAUGAGUUACAAACAUUGGUUCAUACCAUGGACAAAGAUCGUAGAGUCCUCCAUAAUGCAAUACAAGAAAUGAAAGGAAAUAUCAGGGUAUUUUGCAGAGUCCGACCUAGAACUCCAAGUGAACUUGGAAAAGCGAUGUGUAAUAUCAACUUUGUAGAUGAAUGCACUAUCGAAGUAGGAAAAUUUGAUGGGUCUGAUUCAGUUAGUUGCAGUGGAAAAUCAAAGGAAACCAGACAAGAAUUUUCUUUCGAUGAAAUGUUCAAUUGUUAACCUGGAAAAUAUUUUUAUAGAGUUAGCUCUGUUAGAUCAGUCCACUUAGACGAAUAUAAUGUCUGUGUAGCUGACUCAUUUAUUAAUAGUGUCUUUAGCUGGCACUUCAAAGACAUUGAUGUUACUGAAUGUAUCUCCUUUAGAUGAAUAUUAUAAGGAAACAUUGAAUUUAUUGAGAUUUGCUAGCAAUGUACACAAUUGCUAAUCUCAGAAUGGAAAAAGAACGUAACUAAUGUUAUUAUCCUAUGAGUAUGACUACAAAACACUAUACAAAGUUCCAACAAAUAGUAUCUUGAUUAGAUUUGAUAAUAUCUAUGUCAUACCUCUAUGUCAUAAGUUUAUAAAUGUGUAACAUAAAAAUUUAAACUAUUACAGGAUUCUUUUAUAUUACAUGAUAAAAAUGAAAUUUUGUUUAAAAAAAAUUCGCUUUCUUGCAGAUUUAUGUUGCAUACUUAAGCAUCAAAGUCCUUGGUGAUAAUAAAAGUGAUAGCUAAUGUUUGGAAAUCUAUGUUACCUGCAAAAAGAUGAUAAUAGGAUUGAUUUUGUUAAAUGAAUUAAAAAAUGGAAUCACGCUUGCCAAAGCCAAAAGUUAAUUUAUCAAAAGUAAUUAACAGCACAGUAAACAUUGCUACAGAAACAGACAAACAAAAAAUGGUAAAAAGCCAAAAUGAUCUGUCCCAUGCAAGUUCUAGUGCUGUUCCUGAAAGACUGACAAAAGCCAAAAGUACAGUAAAUAUAGCAAAAUGUUCAAAUGAAAAUAAACCUCCUAUUAAACAAACUUUUACUAGAUCGAAGACUAUGUCUUCCAUUACUACCAGAGCUGUGAAAAGACCAGCUGUUGCAGCCAUUGCACAUAGUGAGACCAAGAGACAAUUUGCUAAGCCUCCUACUAAAAUAAGCACACAGCAAGUUAGUAGUACAUUAAGAAAUAAUACUACCAAUAAGUCUAGUCAGAAUAUCAUAGCCCAGAAGGUACAAUGCAACAGUAAUGCAGCUAAACCUUCCAAAUGGGACUUAAAGGGUCGAUUAGCUCACACAAGUAAUGAGUUAUCUAAUAUACGACAGAAAUAUACAGAAACUUCAGCAAAAUAUAAUGAACUUCAAGAACAAAUGAACACAUUAAAGGCAAAUGAAAAUGUACAUAAACUAAAAGCAGAAGAAUAUGAAAAUUUGAAUAAGACAUUAGUAAAUGAAUGCAAGGAAUUAAAAGCAGAAAUGAAUAAAUUGCAAGAAGAAAAAGAGAAUUUGACAAAAUGUUUGAAAGAAUCAGAGGAGUCAUGUAAAAGCAUUUCAAAUAUUUUAGUAGAAUUUAAGGAAAAAUGCUCGUCUCAAGAGUCAUUACUGUCACACCAUGAAUUUAUAAUAAAGGAUCUAAAAGCUAGUUUAGAAGUUGAAAGAGAGAUGAAUAAAGAAUUAAAUGCAACUAAAAAUGAGUUACAAACAUUGGUUCAUACCAUGGACAAAGAUCGUAGAGUCCUCCAUAAUGCAAUACAAGAAAUGAAAGGAAAUAUCAGGGUAUUUUGCAGAGUCCGACCUAGAACUCCAAGUGAACUUGGAAAAGCGAUGUGUAAUAUCAACUUUGUAGAUGAAUGCACUAUCGAAGUAGGAAAAUUUGAUGGGUCUGAUUCAGUUAGUUGUAGCGGAAGACCGAGAGGAACCAGGCAAGAGUUCUCUUUCGAUAAAGUCUUCCCACCAACUGCUAGCCAGGAAAAUAUUUUUGAAGAAUUAGCCCUGUUAGUUGAGUCUGCUUUAGAGGGAUAUAAUGUUUGUGUAUUUGCAUAUGGCCAGACUGGUUCUGGUAAAACAUAUACUAUGGAAGGUUUACCGGGUAUUGAAAUGGAAGGCAUGAUACCUAGAACGGUACGACAUAUAUUUCAAAAAAUGAAAGAAUUUCAAUUACUUGGUUGGGAAUAUCGGAUAGAAGCUAGUUUCCUUGAGAUUUACAAUGAGCAUAUUGUUGACUUGCUUGAUUCUCAAGCUAAGACACAUGAAAUCAAAAUGGCUGAUAGUAAGGGACACAAUUUGUAUGUCAGUAAUUUGAAAAUACAGGAAAUUAAUAGCCCUGAAGAAUUGCACGAGUGCCUUUUGACAGCGCAAUGUAAUAGAGCAGUUGCGGCUACUCAAUCGAAUGAACGGUCGUCUAGGUCACAUUCAGUAACAAGAAUAAGGCUUGUAGGAACACAUCAGUUAAAAGAGGAGAUUUCAGUAGGAAACUUAAAUUUAGUUGACUUAGCGGGAUCUGAAAGAUUGAAAGGAGAAGAAUCUGUACGACUGGCAGAAACGAAAAACAUUAAUAAAUCGUUAGCAAACUUGGGCAACGUUAUCUUGGCCCUUUUGAAAAAACAAGAACAUAUUCCAUACAGAAACUCAAAGCUCACUCAUUUAUUAAUGCCGUCUUUAGGUGGCAAUUCAAAGACUUUGAUGUUACUGAACGUAUCUCCUUUAGACGAAUGUUAUAACGAAACAUUGAAUUCAUUGAGAUUUGCUAGCAGUGUAAACAGUUGCAAACCCGGUAAUGCAAAAAGAACACGACUAGUGCUACAAAACUCCGCAUGAAGUACCAAAUAGUAUUUUUAUUACACUUAAAGAUUUUAGUGUUUUUAAGCAUUAUUUAGACUAUUUUAUAUAAUAGACGCACAUCCUCUUUUGUGUCAUUUUAUUUUUUUCUUUUAUAAAUCGCAACAAAAACUGUAAAUAGUUCAGUAUAAAAUAUAUUACCAUAA